GGAUUUUUAUACAACAACCUUUUUAGUACUGUUAUGUUAAUUGUUUUGUGUUUUCUAAUAUGAUUACUGAAUUAUAAUUACAGUUAAUGUCUAAAGUAUGCUUAAAAUUAUAAUUUAAACGUAUUAAAAUGAAUUUAGCUGAUCCAGAACUAGAGUUAGUUGAUCCAACUCCAAAUGUACAUUCCUUGUUUAUACAUUUUGAUAAAUUAUUCUUUUGGGCCAAAUUAGCCAGCAGAGCUGUAGUGCGAUGGAGUAAAAGAAUGUAUUCAUGUGCUGGUAUUUGUUCGUAUGAAGGGAGAGGUGGUCUUUGCGACAUUGCUCUUAGUGAACCCUUGCUAAAAUUACGUCCAAGAAAAGAUCUGGUGGAAACACUACUGCAUGAAAUGAUCCAUGCAUUUCUCUUUAUAACAUGUAAAAAUCGAGAUCGCGAUGGCCAUGGACCUAAUUUCAAGUUCCAUAUGCACAGAAUUAAUAAAUUGGCAGGAGUCAACAUAACUAUUUAUCAUGAUUUCCAUGAUGAGGUUCAAAUAUAUCAAACACAUUGGUGGCGCUGUAAUGGACCAUGUCAAAGCAGGAGGCCAUAUUUCGGUAUUGUUCGCCGCACUGCAAAUAGGGCACCCGGACCUAAAGAUUACUGGUGGAAAACUCACCAAAGGACGUGUGGUGGAUCAUUUAUAAAAAUUAAAGAACCUGAAAACGCUGCAAACAAGAAAAAGACCAAGUCAAACGGAGAUAUAACUAAAUAUGUAAAUAAUAACAGCAACACCAUUGCCAUUAAAAACACACCCCAUGAAACUAAAAAGCCAUCUCAAGCUGUUCUUAAAGACAUUAAUAAUGUAACUGUUAUAUCUAAUAUAGAUGUCAAAAAUAGUAAAAUUGUAAUAACACAAAAUGGAAAUAUAUUCAGUCCACAGGUCAAUAAAAAGGUUUCAGCUACAUUUAUAGGGCUAAUUGAUAGCGGAAGAAAAAGAACUCAAUCAGAAAAUGUUAUAGAAACUGUAAGAAAUAUAUGGGCCAAUAAACAAUUACCUGCUGUGAAAAAUGAUCAAAAAAAUUCCAAAGGCACAGUAAUAACUAAACCCAGAAAUAGUACAAAUAAUGAUGUAAUGAAACCUGUUAAGCAAAAAUCGGAAAGUAUUCAUAUAGAUUCCCCUCCAAAUAAAAUUAAGAAAAUAGAUGAUUACUUUAAAAAAGUAGCAACAACAGUUUUAAAAGAUGUCUAUGGUGAAGAUUUCAACAUUUCAAAAUCUAAAACUGAUCACAAGUUAAUAGCAACAACGACUAAAACGAAUUUUGUUAAUUGUCCUAUUUGUAAUAUUAAAGUUAAAGAUGACGACAUUAACAGACAUUUAGAUGAGUGCUUGAAUAAAGGAGUUAUAGAAAAAUUGUGCAAAGAUGGCAGGUCUGUAGAUACAGUUCCAUCUGUGAUAUCUAGUAAUAAGAUAGAUUU